AUGGUUGCACCGUCGCUGGUAACUGUUGCCCGCACUGCUGCAGCAACAGGAAGCGGUCCGAACUCGGCCUUCGAAUACGCAUCGCCGCCGCGUCGAGUAGUCAGGGAUCGUUUAAAUCCGAUGGAGCUUUACAACGACGACGAGUUUUUGUGCCGAUUCCGCUUCAGCAAAAGUGGCGUGCAGCAGCUGCUCGCAAUGCUGCCUCUGCGGGAACACACCGACGGACGUGGGUUCCCUGUGCCGCCUCUCCUGCAGCUCCUUAUAACACUGCGGUUCUAUGGAGCAGGCACAUUUCAAAUUGUGACCGGGGACCUCGUAAAUGUUUCGCAGCCGAUGGUCUCCCGGGUCAUCGAGCGCGUAUCUACCAUGAUCUCGAGAAGCCUGUUCAGUGCGCUUGUGAAGUUCCCUGCCGCUUCAGAAAUGAGCGGUGUGAUCAGCGAAUUUUAUAAGUUAGGAAAGUUUCCCGGUGUCAGCGGGUGCAUUGACUGCACCCAUGUGCCGAUUAAGAGCCCUGGUGGUGACCACGCCGAGGUUUAUCGCAACCGGAAAGGAUACUUUUCGAUAAAUGUUCAGGUGAGCAUCACGGGCCCUGACCUACAAUUUUAUGAUGUAGUGGCCAGCUGGCCAGGGUCUGCCCAUGAUAGCAGAAUUUUCGACAGCAGCCGUGCAAGAGUGCUCUACGAGACUGGUGUCGUCCCCGGGAUUCUUCUCGGAGAUAUGGGCUAUGCCUGCAGGCCAUACCUCAUGACUCCACUCAAGGAUCCUGACCAAGGCAGCCCAGAGUACAGGUACAACAAGUCACAAGCAAAAACACGAAACAGUGUGGAACGUGUGUUCGGCAUAUGGAAGAGGAGGUUUCCGUGCCUUCAGAUGAAGCUGCAAGUUCAAACAAACACUACACUUGUAGUUAUCACUGCAUGUGCGGCGCUUCACAACCUCAGCAGAAUUCUGCGUGACCCAUGCCCUCCCGAUCAAGCAGAGCGCCAAGUUCACUCCUCACAGCAUCAUCCCUUGUGCAGGAUGACCGGCUUGCGUUUAUCCGCCGGUGGGCUGUCGGCACUGGCGGCACAGCAGCUGGUGGGGCUGGAGCUGGUGGGCAUGUAG